AUGCGCUUCAAAUUGCUCUUCUUUUUGUAUCUGCUGACUUUUCCUCGGGAAUUGGGAUCAAAGAGCUUCAGUCAAGUUGCAAAUGAUUAUGGAACUGUUGGAAACGCACAGAAAGCAGCAAAACUUGGUUCCGACGUUUACAACGACCCAGCAGGAACCGUUGUAAAUGGUGUAAAACAAGUGGCCAGAAAUAACGUUCCUGGAGCUGAUACUUUUAUUACGGGCUUUGAAGAACUAUCCGAGGGUAAAUUUCCGACAGAAGGUGGCAAAAAAUUUGUAGAUCUAGCGCCUCCUGGUAUGCUUCCGCCUGGGUUCAAAACCGGAAUUAAAGCUGGAAUCGGUUUUGUUGGUGACUUAUUGAAUGGAGAAAGUUUUUUCAAAGCAGCUGGAAAAGCAAUCGGUGAAUUUGUGAACCCAGUAAAACUUGUGAAUAAUGUAGUCAAUGAGGUUGUGGGUCCAAUCGGGAAAGCUGUUUCCGGAGUGUUUUCGUUUUUCGGUGGCUUGUUUGGUGGAUUGUUUGGAGGAGGAGCUCCAGACAUUCCGGCAAUAUUGGAUCCUGUAGUACAAGGAAAAGCAGCAUUUGAUAAAGUGAUGUCGGGUGACACUGCCGGAGCUCUCGAAACACUCAAAAACUUUGGUGGCACUGCAGAGGAAUACAAGAAAGUUGUGGACAAGUUUGAAGAGGCGCAAGAUGCUGCAGAAAAGAUGAACAAGUUUCAAAACCAGCUCGCAGAUCUCAUGCCUCAAGUGGAAGAAAUAACAGAAAAAGUCACAUCAUUGGUGGAUAUGGAUGACGAUGAUAUCACGGAUCAAUUGAAAAAUCUCGAUCUAUUUGGUGAUAAAAUUAACGCUGCGAAGGAUUGGGCCGAUAAGUUUAAGGCAAAACUUCCUAAUGGACUUAACAAGUUGCUGAAAGAUGUGGCAAGUGCAGAAAAUCUUUUGAAAGCUGGGGAGUCUGCUCUUGGAUUUGCGUUGCCUGACGGGUUGAAUGGAUUUUUACAAGAUCCGUUUGGACCUAAUGGACCUUAUGGACCAAAGGGAUUGUAUGGGAUCAAGGGUAUGUAUGGACCUGAUGGCUUCUAUGGACCUAAGAGCUCAAUAGGACCCUUUGGACCAAAUGGACUAUUCGGGCCUAGUGGGCCGAAUGGGCUCAACGGAGCGUUUGGGCCAAAUGGAGCACUCAGUCCGGCGGGGCUUUUGAAGAAUGGAGUACAGAAACUUGCUCCAAAACUUCCGUUUCUUUACAACCCAGCGACUGCUAAACUACUUGAGAACACUCCAUUCGGUCCCAAGGGUACUCAUGGACUCAACGGGUUAUUCGGGCCGAAUGGGCCAUAUGGGCCAUUUGGACCCUUUGGACCAAACGGGCCGUUCGGAGCAAACGGACCAUUUGGACCGAAUAGCAAGAAAGGCAAAACACCGGGUAGUGAGAUUAAGGAACUCGUUGAGAAGUUCAUGAAUAAAAUUGAUAAGCCUGACUGCAGAACAGAAUUUCAAGAAGUUAUUCGGAAGUAUAAAAAUAAAAUUACGGAUUUACUCAAAACCAAUGUUCCGGAGGCGUUGAAAAAGUUGUUUGGCGAUAAGUUUGAUAAGUUGAAAAAAGCAGUGGAUAAGGCGAAAAAUUUGAUUAAAAAGUUGGAUGAGUUGAAGGAUAAGAUUCCAAAAAUACCCGAUCCGAAUCCGGUGAAAAAAGUAGAAGAAUUGUUGAGGAGAAUUCAAAAGCACAAGAAAAGAAACCAGAAUCCAUUCCAUAGACAAAAACCUCCUAAACGAAAAGUCAAUGGUACUACAUCCACGACGACUCAACAGCCACAAAUAAUGCCUUAUCCUCAACAAGCACUACAAAAUGUUAGGGAUGCUGUGAAGAAGAUUAGAACUUGUCUGGAACUACCACCUAAUCCUGGAAAGGAUGUUUUCACCGCGAUCAAACAGCUUCCUGGCCAAUUCCAAAGUGUGUUUGACCCCAUCUCAGGAAUGGCGGACACGAUGCAACAAAUGCAAGCUACACCGGAUAUUCCUGGUCAAUUAAGUAAUAUGCAUUCAAUUAUUGACAAGAUUAGCGCUGUACCUAAAGGUGGUGAUUUCAACUUUCUGAAGACUGAUAAUCAGUUUCACAACGCGAAAAAAUUUGUGACUGGGAUGAAAAUGCCCUUUGAUAACUUGCAACAACCCCCCGAAGUGGUGAACAUAUUCAAUGUUGUUGGGAACUCUGGCCCGGCAGUUGGAUCGGUUUCAAAUUUCUUUAAUUCGAUUAAAAUUGGGGGUGAUGGAUGUAAAAAGAAGGAUUUGAAACCAGCAACGGAGAUACUUGAUGAUAUCGUGGAUCUUGCGGAUAAUAUAGAUGAGGUGAAGAAGAAUAAAGAUAUGGAUAAGCUGUUUAAGUUAUGGGAAGAUGCGAAGGAGUUUGGAAAGAAGAUGAAAGAGUACGAGAAGGCUUAUAAAGAAUUCUUUGACGAGAUUCAGGAAUCGAAGCCUGAUAGACAACUUUUGAAGCAAGUGAAGCAUAUGGAACCACUUCUUGAAAAGUCUAUAACUGGAAUUGAAAAUUUGAAAGACUUGAAUCAAAUCAACGAGCUGAGAACGGAAGUUCAGACUAUUUUGAAAUCAGAGAAAGUUAUCACAGAAGUCAUAAAAUAUGUGAAGGAUCCGACGCAACGAGUUGUGUUAGAUAUAGUGUGGAAGGAUUUUCGAAAAACUGCCAGAAACCUCACACGAAUCAGUAGAAAAAUUAAGAAACUUGAAACAAUUCUAUCGGAAAUGACAGAGAAGACAGUGAUCAAUCAGACAGAGUUGCUGGAAUCCAAUGAGACAAUUGAAAUAAAAGAAUUCCUUUAUGUGUAUAUCAAAGCGGCUGAGAUGAAUUUCACGGAGUCUGUUGACUUGAGAUCCUACGUGGAGUCACUGAGAAAUUUGGAUAACACAACAAGAUCGAGGAGGGAUGUUAGAGAGGUUUAUGAGUCUUUGGAGAAGGUUUAUGAAGCGACGUCAUCGAUAAAUUGGAAUAGAAUACAUUAUGAGUUUCUGGAGAUGCCAGGCGUGAUUAUGCAGACGAAAGGCGAGUUCCAAGCGAUGAAAGUGGAUGAGGAAGAGGAUAAUUGGUGGCUCAUAUACCUGAUCAUCGGAAUCAUUUGCUCACUUGCCUGCUCUUCUUGCUGUUUCUUGGCGUUCCUCUUCUAUAAACGGCCGAUAGAUGACGAGGAGCCACCCUACGUCUGCACGGACCCAAGGUACUCAUACGUUCAAAUGCAAGAUGCUCGCCUUGAAAUGAACCACAUGGAUUCGAGGGGAAGAACCGAGCUCUAUCAAGCAGUUCUAGACAAAAAAUGGUACAAAGUACGAGAUCUUAUCGAGAAUGGGGCACUUGUCGAUGCGACAUGUGGACCGUAUCUCCGAACGGCACUGUUUGAAUUGGUGCUCGAGAAGGAUGUGGAGCAUGGAAAAGAAUUGUUGGAUGCGGGAGCUUUUAUUCUGCAGCCAGAUGUUUCUGGAAAGUAUCCAGAGCAAUGGGCGGAUGCCAAUGGAUUCAUGUUGUUGUUUGAUCAGUACUCGAAGGAAAACUCAAGACAACGAGUGAUCACACCAAAUUUACCAAGACCCUAUGAGAUUCUGGUGGUUAAUGGUGACUAUCUUCCAAGGAAAGAGAGGAAAAAGCUGCCGAAGAAGAUCAGAAAGAAGAUCACCUGGGGAUACAAACCUGGAAUGGAUUUGGAUAAGUUCACUCAUAUCGUGAUCCCACAAAAGUAUGCAAAGAAAGAGAACACAUUGGCGCUCACCGAUGAUGAUUUUUUCAUCUGGAAAUGUGUUGCAAGCCUGAGCAAUAUCAUGCCUGAAUCUUGGAUCGAUGCGAUUCUCAGAAGCCCCACCUACAUCGAAGAUGACCAUGCUCACAUGCUGAUUCAUAUGGACUAUGCUGGAAAUGAGCAUGAGGAAGCGCUGCUGAAAUUGAAGACUGACUUGCAUAUGGGACGCCCGAAAUUCUUGACAAAUGCCAAAGUUACUAUUUUGGCGACGAAGGAUCCGAAAGAGACGGAGAACAAGAAAGAAUGGGAGGAAAUUAUUAAAUCGUUUGGUGCAGAAAUCUCAUCGAAACCAGUUGCUGAUAACGAGAACACCCUCCUACCGUAUAACUCAUUGUACCCGUAUAGAAAAGCCGACAAGAAAGUUCAGAAUUCGUGCUGGAUUUUGAAAUAUGACGAUAGCAGAAUCGAAAAUAUUUGGAAGAGUGAUCCAGAGAAGUAUACUGUAGCACCGUUCCGUUUCGUUCUCGAAUGCAUCGCCCGUUAUCAAAUCUUGCCAAUCGACAAUACGGUGGUGCCAUUGGUUGGAUCACGAUCAGCGGAGUCAAAGUCAAAGGAAACAUUGAAUGAUGACAGGUCGGAUAAGGGCGUCACGGAGAGCAAGUCGAAGGAGACAGCGACGGCUUCGAAGGAAGCGGCGUCCAAGGAGACAGCGUCGAAGGAAAUAGCUACGUCCAAGGAAACGGCGUCGAGGGAGACAGCGUCGAAGGAGAAUGCGUCGAAGGAGAAUGCGUCGAAGGAGACAGUGUCGAAGGAAAUGGCUACUCCAUCGAAGGAACCAAUUAUUCGAAGUGUAAGAUUGUAA